GCUCCCUUGGGAAGGAGAGAAGCUUGCCCGGCUGGUGUGUGUCAGUUUCUCUGCCUGUCUGUCUGCUGGUCCGAGAUCAAUCGCUCCGUGGGUCAGAGACAAAGCGUGUCAUGGGGACAAUAGCGAGGUGCAGGAGCUGCCUGGCUGCAGGGUUGUUACGGAACCAAGUGGCUAUCGUCACUGGCGGCGGCACAGGCAUUGGCAAGGCUAUAGCCGCCGAGCUGCUCCACCUAGAGUGUAAUGUAGUUAUUGCCUCCCGUAAAUUCGAUAGAUUAAAAUCUACAGCAGAAGAGUUGAAUGCUGACCGCCUGCCCUCCAACUCAGCCAUUGUUACUCCCAUGCAGUGCAAUAUUCGAAAAGAAGAAGAGGUUAACAAUUUGGUUAAAUCUACCUUAGAUCUCCAUGGUAAGAUCAAUUUCCUGGUGAAUAAUGGAGGAGGCCAAUUCUUAUCCUCUGCUGAAGACAUCACUUCAAAGGGAUGGAAUGCUGUGGUUGAAACCAACCUGACUGGCACCUUCUACCUUUGCAAAGCAGUUUACAAGUCCUGGAUGAAGAAUCAUGGAGGAUCUAUUGUGAACAUCAUUACCAUGUUAAAAAAUGGACUUCCUAGAGCUGUGCACAGCGGAGCAGCAAGAGCUGGUGUUGACAAUAUGACCAAAACUUUGGCAGUGGAAUGGGCAUCCCAUGGAAUAAGAAUCAAUAGUAUCAGUCCUGGAGUAAUUUAUUCCCCAACUGCCUUUGGCAACUAUGAAAAAGUUGGAGAGACCUUGGAACAAUUCUAUCAAUAUUGCCUAGCUAAGAGAUUUGGUGUUCCUGAGGAGAUCUCUUCUGUUGUGUGUUUCCUGUUGUCUCCUGCAGCCUCAUAUAUUACAGGACACACGGUGGUUGUCGAUGGUGGUUAUACUUUGUAUUCCAAAUCAUUUGACAUACCAGACCACGACAACUGGCCUGAUGGACUAUGGGACCUUUCCACAGUCAAAAGAAUUAAAGCUUCCCAUAAGGAGAAAUUCAAACUUUAAACUGAGGGAAGUAAGAAAAUGAGAUCUUUGCUACUUUCAACUGAAGAAUGAAUUUCAAAUGAAGAAUAGCAUUUUCUGGGAAUUUGUGCUUUUUAUGGAAAGUUGCUUGAUGCUUUUUAAAAUUUAUGUCUUGGGGCAGCUAGGUGGUGCAGUGGACAAAGCACCGGUCCUGGAUUCAGGAGGACCUGAGUUCAAAUCCGGCCUCAGACACUUCACACUUACUGGCUG